GUGUCCCCCGCGCCGGAGCGCGGCGGGGCGGCGGCGGCGGGCGCGGAGCGCUGCGGGAGGCGCUGCGGGACGCGAUGCGGGACGCGGGCGGCGGCUGCGGGGAGAUGGCGGAGCGGGAGCGGCAGGAGCGGCUGCGGGAGGCGGCGGCGCUCGGCGACGCGGAGGAGGUGCGGCGGCUCGUGGAGCUGGGGGUCGGCCUCAACUCCCAGAACGAAGUCAACGGAUGGACCUGUUUGCACUGGGCCUGCAAGCGGAACCACGUGGCAGUUGUGGCUUACCUGCUGCACGCUGGGGCUGACAAGGACAUCCUGACAAAGAAAGGGGAGAGGCCAGCCCAGUUAACAUCCAAGAGAGAGAUCAGGAAGAUGCUGGGAGUGGAAGAUGAACUCCCAGACUUAAAGCAAGAUUCAGAUCUGCCAAUCAUCCCCAAUUACCUCGCUAACCCACCUUUCCCAUAUGUUUACAACACCUUGAGUACCAGCAUUCCAGAUCCUACCCUGAAUGGGAAUCUCUCACACUUGGAACCACAAGACACCAGCUCUCCAUCUGUGCCUGACUCGGACUCCUGCGGACGAGCACGAGCACUGCUGCAGGCUGGGAAUGCUGCUCCUGAGGUGCCUCCCAACAGGGACAUCCCACCCCUGCCUCGAGGGUCUGCUGGGCCAUCACACCCAAAUCCUGUCCUGCAGAGAGCUCCUGUUUACCAGGGGUCAGUGUCUUGGGGAAGAAGUCCCUCUUUGCCAGCAGGAUCCAACCAGUCCCUACCCCAGCAAGGGAACAGCUCCUGCAUGGGACCGGUGCCGGCCUUUCAGCCCGUUUUCUUCACAGGAGCUUUUCCACUCAACAUGCAAGAACUGGUGCUUAAAGUGAGAAUACAAACCCCUAAUCUUAGAGAAAAUGACUUCAUUGAAAUUGAACUGGACAGACAAGAACUGACCUACAAGGAGCUCCUCCGAGUGAGUUGCCAUGAGCUGGGUGUGAACCCUGAACAUGUCCAGAAGAUCAGAAAAUUACCAAAUACAAUGUUAAGAAAGGACAAGGAUGUUGCAAGGCUACAGGAUUUCCAAGAACUGGAGCUUGUUCUAACAGUAAGCGACAAAAACUUACUUUUCAGAGUUCCAACACUUUCUGAACAGAGUGGAUAUAACAAGAAGGCAUCAGAACUUACAUACUAAUUAAGGACUAAACCAAAAUAUUUUUAUCUUUUGUUUUACAAUUAUGUUUGAAAAACAUACCUAUAAGGGCUAAGGAUGUGAAAAAAAUCUAUUUUGUUAACUGUGACAUAAACUGAAGUGGUUAUGCA